UCCCCUUUGCCUACAUAACAGGCAUUUAACAACUGGUGUAUUCAAUUACCAGUGGUCCUUGAAGGAAAUCACUAGGAGGAAGGAGACAUUGAGUUUGAAGGAAUGAAGGGGCAGUGCUGAGAAGCAGAGAGAGAAGGUGAGAAAGGAAAGGGAAAAGAUUCUGAGGCCAAAGCUGGGACAUGUAGAAACCAGAAAGCCCUCUCUAAGCAAUGGUGGACAUUCCCAGUACACACACAUAAAGGAUGCAUGGUUGAUAUGUCAGACCUCUCUCCAGAGGAGCAAUGGAGGGUCGAGCACGCACGCAUGCAUGCCAAGCACCGUGGCCACGAAGCCAUGCACGCUGAAAUGGUCCUCAUCCUCAUCGCUACCUUGGUGGUGGCCCAGCUGCUCCUGGUACAGUGGAAACAGAGGCACCCCCGCUCCUACAAUAUGGUGACCCUCUUUCAGAUGUGGGUUGUUCCCCUCUAUUUCACAGUGAAGCUGCACUGGUGGAGGUUCCUAGUGAUCUGGAUCUUGUUCUCUGCCGUCACAGCCUUUGUCACCUUCCGAGCCACCCGAAAACCACUAGUACAGACAACCCCAAGGUUGGUUUAUAAGUGGUUCCUGCUGAUCUAUAAAAUCAGCUAUGCCACUGGCAUCAUUGGCUACAUGGCUGUCAUGUUUACCCUCUUUGGUCUUAACUUGUUAUUCAAGAUCAAACCAGAAGAUGCCAUGGACUUUGGCAUUUCUCUCCUCUUCUAUGGCCUCUACUAUGGUGUACUUGAGCGGGACUUUGCAGAAAUGUGUGCAGACUACAUGGCGUCUACCAUAGGGUUCUACAGUGAGUCGGGCAUGCCCACCAAACACCUCUCGGACAGUGUGUGUGCCGUGUGUGGGCAGCAGAUCUUUGUGGAUGUCAGUGAAGAGGGCAUCAUCGAGAACACGUAUAGGCUGUCUUGCAAUCAUGUAUUCCACGAGUUCUGCAUCCGCGGCUGGUGCAUUGUGGGAAAGAAGCAGACGUGUCCCUACUGCAAAGAGAAGGUAGACCUCAAGAGGAUGUUCAGCAACCCCUGGGAGAGGCCUCAUGUCAUGUACGGGCAACUGCUGGACUGGCUUCGAUACUUGGUAGCCUGGCAGCCUGUCAUCAUUGGCCUGGUGCAAGGCAUCAACUAUAUCCUGGGCCUGGAAUAGUCAGGAAGAAGAGCAUCCACCCACCAUGGACCUCAGGGCACUCUCCUCCCUGCCCUCCAAGACCUCCUGGGUGGGAAAGACUCAAAGGGGCACUCGGGCCACUCAGGACCCCUCCGGCUAUGUCCGGGCUGGGGAGGGAUAUGAUGGAGAGCCAGCAGGUGGGGCUGUCAGCAGUGGGGGGCUUUUUAAAAGAAAACUAUUUUGAUGAAUAUAUUUAAAAACCUUU